AGGCGGCGCGGCACAGCUGAGAUUCCAGCAGUUUACGCGGGCGCCUUGGAGAGAUAAGGCGCUUCGCAGGGCUGGGGCGACCGAGAGCUGGAUCGGACUGGAACCACAUGGCCCCACUCGCCCGAGCCUCCCGCUGCCCGCUGUGGCCGCUGUGGCCGCUGUGGCCGGUGUCGUGGCUGCUGCUGCCGCCGCUGCUCCGCUAUGCGCUCGGGGAAGCGGGUGGGGAUAUAGCUGUGCUGGUGCCCUUCAAUUCGACAGGCCUCUUGGGAGGGUCUGCCGUCUUGUACUGUAGCUUGGUUUCUAGCGGGAAUAUGAUCACUCAAAUAACCUGGAUGAAGAGGAAUCCAGACGGAACCCACCUUGUCGUGGCUGUCUUCCACCCCAAGAAGGGGCCCAGCGUUGCCGAGCCGCAGAGGGUGAGAUUCUUGGCUGCCAAGCAGGACGGGGACCUGAAGAACGCGUCUCUGGGCAUCGAGAACUUGACUGUAGAAGAUGAAGGCAUCUACGAGUGUCAGAUCGCCACGUUCCCCACGGGAAGCAGGAGCGCCAACGUCUGGCUGAGGGUGCUCGCCCGACCGAACAACAAGGCAGAGGCCCUGAAGCCCUCUCCCGCCUUGGUGACACAGGACGUAGCUAAGUGCACCUCUGCUGACGGUCACCCUCCCGGACGAAUCUUUUGGCCCGCGAAUGUAAAUGGAAGCCACCGUGAAAUAAAGGAGCGGGGUUCCCAGCCGGGGACCAUCACGGUGACCAGCUACUUCUCCAUGAUGCCGUCUCACCAGGCGGACGGCAAGAACAUCACCUGCAGGGUGGAACAUGAAAGCACCCAGGAGCCGGACCAGCUGACGGUUACCCUCUCCCUACCCUAUCCACCUGAAGUGUCCAUCUCUGGCUAUGACGGCAACUGGCAUGAUGGCCUCACUAACGUGGUCCUGACCUGUGACGCUCACAGCAAACCAGCGCCCACCCUCUAUGAAUGGAACACGACCACGGGUGUCUUUCCCCACUCCGCUAAGCCCCAGCACGAUCAGCUUCUAAUCUCCACCUUGACCGGUCUCAAUAACACCAUCUUUGUGUGCAAGGCCACCAACGCCCUAGGGUCUGGGCAGGGCCAGGUGACCGUCCUUCUUAAAGAGACACCUGAGACUGGGCAGCAAAAUACACACACAGGCGCCAUCGUCGGCGGUGUUGUCUUUGCCAUCCUAAUAGCACUCAUCGUAUUCUGCAUAUGGAAGCAUGGUUGUUCUCGGCAGUCCAGGCCGGUAGACAAGAAGAACUAUUCAACUGUGAACGGUUCCAUACAGAACACGGAGGCAAACGGUGCUGGGGCAGACAGAACUAAGGAACCUGAAGACAGAACAACUGGAACCCUACUCCCAAAUGAAGAAGCCUCCAGAGAGAUUGGGAGCUCAGUGUGAUACGUGUAGCACGUUUGGGGGUCUCCCAGGACGCUGCCGAGUUCCACAUUGUCGAAAGGACUCAUGGAGCCCGACGUGUUGGCUCACGCCUGUCAUCUCUGCAGGCUGGGGGGC